AUGAGUACAAUAGAGCUAGUGUUCAUCCCUGCACCUGGUGCUGGCCACCUUGCAUCAAUGAUGAACACCGCAAAACUCCUUCUGGAUCACGACCCUCGCCUCUCCAUCACUGUCCUUAUCUUCCCUUCAUCCUACGGUUCUUACACCGUCAACACUAUUAUUAAUCCUAAAACCUCAUUCUCCACCGUUGACCAUAUUCGGUUCAUUGACCUCCCUCACGUACAGCCCACCUCAGACACAGGCAACAACCUCCUUCUCUUCUUUACUUCCCUCAUCAAAUCCCAAAAACCUCAUGUUAGAGAAGUUGUUAAUGAGCUCGUUCUGACCAAAUGGGGACGACCCGACUCGCCUCGGCUAGCUGGAUUCGUCUUUGAUAUGCUAUGCACGCCGAUGAUGGAGGUGGCUAAAGAAUUUGGGGUUCCUAGCUACUUGUAUUUCACGUCAGGUGCAGCUUUUCUUGGCCUUCAACUUUAUAUCCCGACUCUCCGUGAAGAGCAGAAAGUUGAUAUGACUGAGUUGAAGGACUCAAAUGCUGAGUUGGUCUUGCCUUGCUUGGUCAACCCAGUUUCUGCUAGUGUCUUGCCUUCUAUCAUGUUGGACAAAGAUUCUGCUGCAGUUGUACUCGAACACGCGAUAGGGAUAAAGAACACCCGUGGGAUUCUGGUGAACACGUUUACGGAGCUGGAAUUACAUGUUAUACGCUCAUUAGAAGAUUGCAACAACAACCCUACCAUCUACCCAGUGGGACCCAUUCUCAACCUGAAGAGGGACGCUGAUGAUUUGGAGAUCAUGAAAUGGCUCGACGGUCAACCGCCCCUUUCGGUGGUGUUCUUGUGCUUUGGGAGCAUGGGAAGCUUUUCUGACGAGCAGGUGAGAGAGAUUGCCUACGGGCUAGAACAGAGUGGGUACCGGUUCUUGUGGUCCCUACGGAAAGCCCCAUCGAGCGACCAGAUAUCAAACCCGACUGAAUUCGUGAAUCUAGAGGAGGUAUUGCCAGAAGGAUUCCUUGAUCGGACAGCUGAGAAGGGGAAGAUCAUUGGAUGGGCUCCACAAGUUGAGGUGCUGGGUCACCCAGCUGUGGGAGGGUUCGUUUCCCAUUGCGGGUGGAAUUCGGUGUUGGAAAGUAUAUGGUACGGGGUGCCAACUGCCACGUGGCCACUAUACGCAGAGCAGCAAAUGAACGCAUUCGAGAUGGUGGUGGAGUUGGGAUUAGCAGUGGAGAUUAAAAUGGAUUAUAGGAGGGAGUUUGGCUUUCCUGAUGACAUGAUUGUGAAAGCAGAAGAGAUAGAGAAAGGAAUCAAGCGGUUAAUGGAGGAGGAUAAGGAGUUGAGGAAGAGGGUUAAGGUAAUGAGUGAAAAGAGCAGGAAUGCUUUGACGAACGGUGGAUCUUCACAGUUAGUAUUGACUCGUUUUAUUGCAGAUGUUAUAGGAUCGUAA